AUGGAGACUUUCGGUGACAAUCCUACUUAUCGCCAAUGGCACUCCUACUACUUCCACGUCCGCCACUGGCUACGUCUCUCGUCCCACCCUCGUCUUACAGUGUACACAGAAUGGUCAGACUCACCCACAGCGCCCCCAGAAGCCCAAAAUAAGGUCAAUGAACCACCAGUUGAGUCUAUCCUCGAGACUCCUGUUGGCCCUGCCAAUGCACCAGUCGUGGCCCUGUCCCUGAAACUCCUUUUGGACCUGUUACUCAUUGGAACUUCGAUGACGGUGACAUCUCAAUGA